GUCUCGUCUGGGUGUAUAAAGAGCUAGUCAUACUGCAGCGUUUAACGUAGUCGUUUUCGAAACCGAGGAUAGUUGAAACCAACGAUUUUUACGCGAUGAAGACGUUCGUUUUCAUUUUGCUUAUCGUCUAUGUUUGUCAGUGGAGUGACGCUCGUGAAACCGAUUUCGAAGAUCUUAUAUUCAAUGACCUUAUGUCGAUGUGUUUAAUUGAAAAUGGAUUUACUAAUUCCACUGCUGACGUGGAGCGAAUGUAUGCCAUCGGAGAUCCUGAACAAGCCGAUAAAUUGAAGGAUGUACCGAAAGAAAAAAUUGUCGAUGUUAUCGUUUGUCUAUAUCAUAAACUAUACCCAUACCGAAAUUUGUAUCCUAGCCUUAGGCAGCUCAUCGACAGAGAUGAUACGGUAACUGUGGGUCAAAUCAGACAAAUGGAACACACGAUGUCUGAUUGCUAUAAGGAAGUUGGUGGAAAGAUUAAUAAUGCCGAACUUCUAAAGUGCGUAGACAUUACCGAGCCUCCCUUCGAUCAUCUUUUCGCUGCUAUUCGAGAUGUCCGUCAAGCUUUGCAGUGGUGCUUCGUAAGAUGCGGAGUAUUGAUUAGUGAAAUGUAUACGAUGGAAAAAAACCGGGACUUGCCCUUCAAGGAAUACAUAAAAUAUAUUCCUCAUGAAAGAAUAAGCUGUUUGAUGGCUUGCAAAGCUGAGCAAGCCGUCGUUAAUAAUUCUGAUCAAACUCUUCAAAAGGGACUUGCCGACCUGAUCAAGAGGAGUAAAAAUGUUGACGAGAUAGAAAAGGCAGAAAUGUUGAAAUCAUUGAAGAAAUGUAGCAAAAAAGUUUAUGGUUAUGAAGAUGAACAUUACGAACUAGUCAAAUGCAUUGAUCUGUUUAAACCACCUUUCAUAGAUCUUUUUUAAAGCUAUUGAAUGAGAAUCCUACUGAAGAUAUACAUACAUCAGAUUUUCCUUAGGAAAGUAAUCGUUUUGAAGCUUAAAAUAUUUACAUUGAUUAUGUAGAUUUAAUUGCGUUAAAAUAAAAUCUAUUGGUGUAUUCA